AUGGGUUUAAAAUCCUCUACUCUUUUACAAGAGGAAGACAUAGAAGAGCUACAAAACGAGACUGGCUGUAAGUAUAAUUAUUUGAUUGGCUUUUUCAUUUUUGUAUUCAGUGUAUUGCCCAGCCGGCGAGGUCGACUAUUCGGUAAAACUUUAUUUUUUCUCUCUGACCUUUUCGUUAAACGUGUUCCUUUUUGUUUUUUUUCAGUUUCUCCAAAUCAAAUAAGAAGACUUUAUUGCAGAUUUUCAAGUCUUGACAAGGCCACAAAGGGCACUUUGAGGUAAAAAUUAUAGAAAUUAAUUAAUAAUUUUUUUGGCAACUUGUGUAGCAAUUUUGUUGCAACACAAGUUGCCAAAACUGCCUAAUUUCACAAGCCCUAAAGUGCAGCAAAAAUAUAUUUUAAGAACAGUGGGCACAAAUAAUUCAUCCCAGUCGUUUGGGAGGCUUGUCCAUUUCAACAGGACUCUAGUGGUUUAGCCCCACAAAGAGUUCACCCCCAGUGUUUUGGUUUGUCCAUGCUUUCCUGAAACUUGGUUCAUUGAUUUUCUGAAACAUGGUUCUGUUAAUCUGCAGCAGGAUGAGCUGAGUUGGUAAAGUGCUUGACUGUAAAGCAGGUGGUUGCUUGCCUGCGUGCAGACGUCUCCUAUUUCCUGGCAAGUGGUUGCAGGCUUGAUUCCUGCAACCACCAGACAAAUACCCACUUCCGUUGCCUUUCAAAUGGCUAGACCUUCACGUCACUCACAUGAUUACACAAAAAUGGCGGUCCUGUCUCUUUUAGGAGAUAUUAUAUAGUAGUUUCAUGCUAAAGACAUGAUUGACACUGCAAUAAAGUGUUUUUGUUCCAUCUGGCAAAAAUUAGCUUCUUUCUUUUGGUGAGAAUCAAAGUGUUCCAUGUUUGUGCUUUUAAUAGGAAAUGGGGCAGAAACAUAUCAGUGUCAAAGAUAAGAAUCUUAUAAAGAAGUAAGGGUGGUUUGGCUUUUUCCCUUCAUUCAGCAAGCUCAGUUUACCAAAAAGUUUUCAAAGCCUAACAGUUGGGUCUGUAGUCAGGGGGAGGAGGGAGCUGGGGGUUUUUAGGGUGAUGUAAUCAACAGAGUUUUAUACAGGACAGCUCUGCCUCAUGAUCCAGCCCCUUACCCCUUUGUAUCAUCUUUGACAGUAAUGGUAUCCCUUUCGUAUACCUUCUAAUGAAACAACAACAACAACAACAACAAUGUAUUUUAUUUAAGAAUAUUAGAUCCAUAUUAAAAGCUUACAGUACUCUAUGCCUUGCAAAUAGCAAUAGCGCGAAUCUAGGCAGGACAAAAAUUAUGAAUAAAGGCGUUAUUAAAUUACAGAUUUCCUCUUAUCUUUCUUGCAUUUCUUCUUAACCUCAGGAUCCAACAUUUUCCCAUCCUGCUACAACUCAUAGUAGUCCAUAGUUACUGAAAAUUGUCCGUGCUACUGAAAAAUGGUACCCAGUUCUAGUUUUGAACUUUGCAUCUUUUUUAAUCACUGUAAUUGCACUGUCUUUCAAAGAGGAAUAAAUAAAAAGCCAGAACAUUUUCUCGACUUUUCACAGCCAUAGAUGCAACUUUUAGCCCUUUUGGGCCUUUUUACAGACUGAAAUGACAGUUUUUCCUACCCUUUUGUAUACUUCAACUAGUGAAAUCCCUACUCUUUCAAAUCCCUAAAGCCUGAAAAAGUUACCCCUUUUGAGCAGAGCCUCCCUGUAUAGGCCAUUAUAGCGAGUAUCUCCAACCCAGUUCUCUGUAGUAGCUUCUAAGUAUGGGCAAGUUUAUGUUAGAUCUUAUUUUGCCCCCUCCAUUAAGGUAAAAGAGGCACUGCUUGCAGAGUGUGUGAAUUUGAGGGGGAAGGGAACUCAGUACAGGAUGUACAUUGUAAGCAUAGCAAAACUUUCAUGGGAAAUAAUUAAACUAAGGUCUCAUUCAUCUUCUCUGAAAAACAACUCAUCUAAAUUAUGAGUUAAGGUUCAAGAUUAUUAUUCAAGUUAUUGCCCAGUUUGUUUCUCUUCAUUAAAAUUUGUUAAUUAGCAUCUUUUAUUGGUGAGAAGGUCUUCAUGAUUGCUUCUCUUUAGGCCAUUAUAUAUAAUUCCUUUUAAGAGACACAAGCUUUGAUCUCACAAAUCUUUAUUUGUUUUACUUAUCAGCCGCAGAGAUUUUAUGUCCAUACCAGAGCUGGCCAUCAAUCCAAUCGGUGACAGAAUCAUAGAUGCAUUCUUUAUGAAUGAAGACAGUCAGUAAGUCAUUCUUCCUUGCUUACAAACCAUUGUUAUGUCUGAUUGAGGAAAAUAAUUUUAACACUUAGGAGGAUGACUUCCAACAACAGAAUGAAAAAUAUAUUAAAAAAGAAAUAAGAGUGGGACCAGUCUAUUGAAGUAAUUUGCUUUUUUAGCCCAAGACAAAUCUACAUUUAGAAAAAGUCAAAGAGUGUUACUGUUAUAAAGGCAUGGUGUAGAAUAGUUCUUGUAAGUAACCAUUCUCUAUCAUUCAGUGUCAGGUUGGUUACGAGAGCACCGUUGUGCAAGUGACAAGUUUUUGUUGUGACCACUUCUUUGAAUUAAUGCCGUGGUUGCUUACUAGAGCAUUGACAAUACAUAUUUAGAGGCCACCCUUAAUUCUACUUGGGUAACUACUGUGCUAAGAGGUCCACAUAUAAAUGACACAAAAUAAUUCUGAUGAAUUUAUGAACCUUGCCAAAGGCUUGCAAAAAAAAAAACUAUGUAGCCAUAAAUGUACAUGUAAAUAAUGUUAAUUGCUUUGGUUAUUAGGGAAAGAGAUGAAGAGACAUGCAACUUCAGACAGUUUGUUAGGACUUUAGCUCACUUCAGACCUAUUGAUUCUGCCACGGAAAAUCCCUUGAAUAGUAGAGAAAAAAAGAUGCAGUGUAAGUGGAAUUCACGAUUACAUUCUACACAAUUUUGAAGAUUUAGAAAACAAUAUUUCUUGCCAGCUUCUUAAUAAUAUUGUGCUUAACUUUGCUACCAACAGUUGCCUUUAAAAUCUAUGAUUUGGACAAUGAUGGAAAAAUAUCAAAGGAUGACUUGAUGCAGGUAUGUCAAUAACUGGUAUAAUUAUUAUUAUUGUGACUUAUUGACUUGGUAACACAGCCAGACCAAAUCACACAUUUGAUAAUAAGAUAUCUUGAUCUAUCUUGCAAGCUUACAAUAAUUGCCUGUUUUUCCCCACAAGAAAAAGUAUCAUCUCAAGAAAGCUCACAAAGGUUAAUAAAUUUGGUAUGAAAAUAUCAGUCUCAGUUAGGCAAAGUGAACAAUGGCUCUGUUAAACUUCUGUUGGCCAACAAGUUUUUGAGAGAGCUGCAGUUCAGUUUCAUUUCUUAAUUAUGGAAUUUUUGUCCAAAAUUCCUUUAACAGGGCUCAAAAAAACUUGAAUUCAAGCUUGUUCUUUGGGCAAGCAGCUCUCGCAUUUUGCUCGCCCACUGACACUUCGUGCUCUUCUUUGUUAAUGAUUUUUUAAGAGGAUAACUUGUCAAAACCUUACCCAUUGAGCAAGUGUGUUCUACAAGUUACUUUCCCCGCACUACUUGUCUUGCACUUCCCGAGGGUCUUUUUUCGAGCCCUGCUUUAAGAAAUAGGAAACCAAAAUGUUUGAUGCUUUUUUAAAAUCUAUUUUGCUACAAAAUUUGUGGCAGCUAUUUUGAAAGGAAAUCAAAUGUUACAAAAUUAUUAUUAGAUAAGUUUUUGUUGUCAUUAAUACAUUCUAUAUCAAUAAUUUGAGGCUUACAAACGCUUGGUAGUGAGCAUCGAAGCGUUGGCCAUCCAGUGUCGUUCAAAAUGGCGAAAUUUAAUUUUUAUGAACUGGUAUUAUUGUUAACCAUGUUAAUUAUCCUUUUGUUUGUAGGUUCUUCAUAUGAUGGUAGGAAUGAACAUUAGUGAUGAACAACUCGGUGGAAUUGCUGAUCGUGCAAUAAGUGAUGCUGACAUUGACAAGGAUGGUGCAAUUUCAUUUGAAGAACUGAAGAGAGUAAGUAAAUGCGGCGUAUUGUUUAAUUAUUGUUCAAACAGAUUAAUAAUGAUGAUUUUAAGGAUCACACAGUGUGAAAGUCAGUGUUCCAGUUCUCGAUGUCUAUUGACGUGUUAACAUUGUCCUCCUUUUCCCCUCUCCACCCUUACUGUCAAUGACCUAAUAAAUGCCCAGGGACUGUAACAAGCUCAACAAAACUAAUAUACUUUUGGCGAAAAUAUUAAGAAAGUCUCAAGAUAGUGGAAAAUCCACUCACCAUCCAUUGAUAUGUCUUGGCUGUCUGGAGAUCCAUAUCGCUCUUUCAAAUCCCAAUAUCGAUUGACAUAUCAGAAUCCUUGCUCAUUGUUGUUGUGUUGCCAUCAUUAAAAUAUGCAAACUAUUGUUAAUCACGCAAGAUGAUUUUGCACUUUUUUGCUAAUUCCUAGGUUGAAGUGACUAACAUGUACUUGCACUUCGUAGUAAAACCUUUUUAAACAGCCAUUGCUUCUUUGAAGAUCUCUAAUGGGAAAAAAUUUUGACUCCAGUAAAUUCAGCAAUAUGGUGUUAAAAAAAUUGCUAAUUUUUGUUGUCUUUUUUACCUUCUAGGUACUGGAAAAUGUAGAUAUGAAUUCAAAAAUGAGCAUCAGAUUUCUGGCUUGAAUCCUUCUGUUUAGCACUGACAUUUUUUAAAUUAUUACUUUUCACAGAAAACCAUGAUAGAUCAUGAGCUAGCUAUUCAAUUCUCAAGAAUUUUUUAACUUAGUUUGGAGGAUAAUGGGCCCUUUCUUUUUGGCUUUUUGUAGGAACCAGAACAAAGGUAAUUGUAAAAGAUAAGAAACCAAUAAGCACAAUACAGCCCUCGAUCAGAGUUUUCUUGCUCCGUUUUUUUUUUUGCUGGUUCUUGCAGAGGGAUAUGAUUUGAGGUGAUGAUGUUUUCAUCGAAUAAAUAAUAUCCCCGACUCCACCAGAGAUAAAGCUACCGUGUAAUGGAAUUACUUGAAAAAAAUUCUGCAACUCUACUUUUCAAUGUAAUGAUCAAAUGUAACUUGUUUUUUAAAAAUAUGAUUUUCCCGUUUGACCACAAGUUUUAGGGUAGAUAUUUAUUAUGGCAGUCUCACCUUUUCUUCCAAAAGGUUCAGCUUGGUAAAUAAGUAAUAAAU